CCCCGCUUCCUGAUUUCACCAGUCAAAGUUUUUCUUUUCGCCCAUAAGGCUGUGCUGCUGUGAUACAGGGGACUUGCUGACCCCUCUUUGAAACAAGUGUGAUCAAUGUAAAUCCGGGGGGGAAGGAGUUGCUCUCAGAAUUCAGCCAGCAUACGGUUGAUAUUUUAUUCAUGUGUCUAGCUGACACUUCGGUCCCUUAUAGGACUGAGGAGCAGGCUCUGCAGCGAGCCCUGGAGAUGUCCUUGGCGGAGUCGUCUCACAGGUCCCCGCCAUCGCUAAGUCCUCAGGAGCAGGAGGAUCUGGCCCUGGCUCAGGCUAUCGCUGCCAGUGAGGAGGAGUACAGACAGCAGCAGCUGAGACAGCAGGGGUCACGGGGAAGGGGAUCCAAACCGUCCACCUGCUGCUUGUCUUGACCUCUGACCUCUCUCUGAGCUCAGACCACCUGGUGUCUAGCGAAGCCUGCUAGUACUCAGCCAGCCAAUGUCUGUCUUCCCACUUCAGGAAAGUCGAACGUCAGGGUUCUUGUUAUCGCCUCAGCACAACUGAGAGAUGCAUCGUGUCCAAUUUGUUCUUGUGUCGUACAGCUACAUUGCUGCGUGCUCUUUUAUUAUAACCAAUGGCUGUGUGUGUGCUUGUGUGUGUGUGUGUGUGUGUAUGUGUGUAUGUGUGUAGGCAAACAGGCCAAACGGACAAACAGAUUAUUUGCAGAAGCAAGUUUACUCUUUAAAAAAAGAAAAAGCUCCUGUCUCCAGCCUGGGCACUGCCAUUUUCAGUUCUCGCCUUUUCCUUUUCUUGGUCAUAUGCCACCUUUUACUUUUCUUGGUUUUUUUCAGUCUUAAUCACGAAAGUUUAAGUGUGGUUCCAUUAAAUUUGCAUGUCCCCUUGAAGGCAUACUAUGCAGGAUUUUUACUUCGAAAAUAUUGGAAAAUUGCCAUGCUCAGUCAAGUCAACCAUGCACAGUCUUUGCGCACAUUUGCUGAAUCCUUGCCCCUCCGAGUGUGAUGCUCUUUCCUGUGUGUGGGGAGGGGAGGGGUGGCGCUGGCUGCAGAGCCUGUGAGGGGGGGGGGGGGGGAGCAGGUUUCUGCGGAGCGUUUGAAGCUGGCUAGCUACUGUAGUGCCGGAGGCGAAGAAGCACAAGCACAAGGAGGCCAAACAACAAGCCGCCGGAGCUCGUUCAGAAACCGUACUCAGCCUUGGAAUUCCUUUUCCUCGGAUGGUGACAACUGAAGUUCACCAAGGGGAUGUGAAUUGGUAACGUUACCUCUAGCUAUCUCUGUAGCUACGCCUGCUGCGCUCAAGCGGCAUUUUUUGGAAGUGAGUGGGUGGGGUUGAGGAUGGAGGAGGAUACGUCUUUGAUCAUGAACAGGACCACAACAAGGCUAAAAUUCCUGCAUAGUAUGUUUUUAAACUGGCUAAGUGCAUUUUAUUGAGUCUAGGGGAAUGCUGUUGCAUUUAAAUUGUACUUGUCCUUUAAAAUACUUUCUUUUAAAAUUGAAAGCUCUUUAAUUAGUGCUUCAUUUAAGCGUGUUUUAAAAUUGAGAUGAAUCAUGAUUAAUCACAACAAACCCUGCAACUUAACAUUGUUUUAUUGAUUGACAGUGACAUAUAUUCAUAAAUACAUACUAUAUUUGAUAUUUACCAUGUUAGUCAUGACUUGAAUUGCUUCAGAAAGACAUUAUUUGUAAAUAAUGAAGUGAAAAUGUUUUAUUUGCAUAAAAAUAU